CAAACAUUUAAGUAUGACUCCAAAUUCUGGGAAAACCACCAAACGUUGAACGUUGAAGGAGGAGUGGACGGAAAUGCCCUAGAGACCAAGUUGGCUUCGUACAACAACACACCAUUCAGCAAGAUCUGUCUGGGAAUGACUGUCAAUUCAGAUGGAUCUUCCAUAAACUGGAUUGGUAUUGAAUAUGAAGCAAGUUCGUUCUACAGUUUGUUGGCAGAUGGAAUGUUUAAACCUGUGAACGUUGGCAAGUCAAAAUGGGAAUCUCUCCUUGAUGAUUCAAAGCUUCCGAAUAAUUGUGGAUAUGAAGGUUUCAAUACACGUUUAGAUCUAACACAGAAACGUGUACGAAUUGGUUAUCUCGCUCAAAAAACAUGUGGCCAGGAAGAAGGCUUGAUUGGAUUUGGUACUGAUCUCAAUGGGUUCCGUUGGUCGAGUGGAUAUAUUUAUCCUUCCCGCCAAGGCAAUGGAGCUAAGCAAAUCUCAGCAUUCGG